CUGGAGGUCGCUCUGGCCCUGCGCCACAUGCACGGCCUCCACAUGGUGCAUUGCGACCUCAAGCCCCAGAACGUGCUGCUCAAGAGCUCGCCCAGGGACCCGAGGGGCUUCACGGCCAAGCUGUCGGACUUCGGACUGGCCAAGAUGAUGGCGCACGACGAAGAGGGGCAGCUGGUCAUUGACGAGGCGUUGAAUUCAGGCCAGAAGCAGCUGACCGCCAGCAUCGACAUGUUCGCCUUCGGCAUCCUCCUGUGGCAGAUGGUGUGCGGCACCCGACUGUACCAGGGGCUCAACACCAAGCAGAUCAUCCGGGGGGUGGUGCGAGAGAACCUGAGACCGGUGUUCCCGGCCUGGGUGCCCCUGGAGUACAGGCGGUUGGCGGAGCGCUGCUGGCACGCCACCCCGUCGGAGCGCCCCACGGCCAGUGCCGUUGUGGCGGAGCUGGAAGCUAUG